AUGUCAGCAGAACAACUCCAGGCCCUUUGUUCGGGCGCUUUUACCGCCUGUGAUAUCUCCGAUGCCCUCUUGAAGCUGAAAGUUCCGCACGCCGGAUUCCUAGUGGAUAUCGACCUCAAGCAUGCAGGUUCCACCCGAGGCUUCGUAGCGGCACCGGCGACGACAGUCCUCUUCGCGCUCAAGGCAUCCACCGAGCCGCCAUCGAUAUCCGGUCACUUUGCGGACAAUGCCAGCGCCCCCGGCACAAUUGCCGUUCUUUCCGCACCGGCGGGGACUCGGUGCGCAGUCCUCGGCGGAUUGGUUGCUGCCCGGCUAGCGAAGCGCGGGGUGCGUGGUGUUGUUGUCGGCGGCAGGGUGCGUGAUCUGUCAGAGAUGGAGCUCGGCGAUGAGUGGCAAGUUUGGGCGCAGGGAACAAGUACGGUCGGUGCUGGUGCAGAGACUAGGUGUGUGGGUAUUGAUGUGGAUAUUGAGGUUGCGGGUGUCAUGGUGAAAGCGGAAGAUAUUGUUGUGAUGGACCAAACCGCUGGUGGGGUGGUGGUUAUUCCCAAGGACAAGGUGGCGGAGGUUUUGGAGCUUAUGCCGAAGGCCGUCGAGGCGGAUAUGUUGGUGGGGGAGGAUGUUCAGGCGGGAAUGGAACUUGGAGCUUCUAUGAAGUCACGAAGAGGAUAA